AUGGAUGGUAAUCAAUGCAUUGGUAUUGUUGGUUGUGGUAACAUGGGUUUUGCACUUGCCGAUCGUUUAUUUUUAUGUGGCUUUACUGUAGUAAUGGGCAGUCGUUGUCCAGACAAGCGAACCGGCACACAAUUUGAAGUAGUUUCCAUUGUUGAAUGUAUUCGUCGUUCGCCUAUUAUCUUCGUUGCCAUUCAUCCGGAACAUUAUAUUGAAUCUCUUGCAUCACAUCUUGAACACGAGCCAUUAUUAUUUAAUGGUAAAAUUCUCAUUGAUCUAUCGAAUCAAACUGGCAAAAAACUGCAUCUGAAUGAUUCCUCCAAUGCAGAACGACUUCAGACAGCAAUACCCAAUGCUUUUGUUGUCAAAGCAUUUAAUAAUAUUUCGUCGUUUGCGAUGCAAAGUAGAACAGCAGGAGAAUCACGCAAUGUUUUUGUUGCAAGCGAUCACGUAACAGCCAAAGAUAAAGUAAUAACACUCGCACACGAAAUGAAUUUCAGUUCGUUUGAUGUUGGUUCCCUUCGAGCAGCACGUCAUCUAGAAAAUGAUACUCGAUCUCUAUUUUCUGAAUGGCAUAUCCCAAUCAUUGUCACACUUAUCGUUUUAUCCAUCUGGCUUCUUUAUACACUCUGUAUGGAAUUUGUUAGUACACAAACGACUUCAUGGAAUCAACUUUUUUUAAAUAUAGCUAAUAAAACUUUAUGUGUAAGUGCCAUCACUAUGUUAGCCAUUGUCUACAUGCCUUCGAACCUCGCAUGUAUAUUUCAAUUAGCCUAUGGAACUCGUGAACAACGAUUUCCAAUGUGGCUAGACCGAUGGCUAUUAACACGAAAACAACUCGGUAUAUUGACAUUUGCUCUAGCUCUUGCUCAUACUAUUAUGACACUCAUCCUUAUGACACCAGCUUAUUAUGCAACAUGGUUUCAUCCUGUUGAAAUCAUGAUUUCGACUGUUCACAAUCAGACACGAUUCGUCGUAGAGAGUGGUCUUAUGACUGCAAAAGGCGAAUUGGCAUCACUGCUAGGUAUUUUAACUCAACUGUGCAUGUCCAUUCUAGCUAUUGCAAGUAUUCCUGCAAUAGGUAAUCUGUUGAAUUGGCGAGAAUGGCGUUUUAUACAAUCAAAACUUGGUAUUGUCACAAUGUUACUUGCUAUUGGACAUGUCGUUGCAAUGGCUUUGCCCCGUUGGAUAGCAGUGGGAGUACAUAAAGCAUUCUAUAAUCUUGGUUUACUCUGUUUAUACUUUCCGCUUCUGACUUUAUUACUAAAAUUCGUAUUUUGGUUACCUUGCUUCAGCGGUCGACUCUAUCGCAUUCGUCGCGGAGAAAAUGUGAAGGAAACUAUUCAGUCAAAAGAAAAUGCAGAAAUAUGA